CCAAAGGCGAGCAGCCCUCUGACUCGCCCAGUCUGCGACUGCCCGCUGCUCGAUAGAAUAGAAGCGACCAAAGAAGAAGGUCCACUUCCACUUCCACCGUAUAGAUCUAGACGUCCCAGCUUAGCGAUCAAAGCUUAUAAGCGCGGCCCUUUGAUCGAUCUCUGGGAAGAAUCGUGUUCUUCCGGGUGAUUGAUUGGAUUGAUGUGCCUCUAGGACUAUACAAUUCACCACUGAUCAACUGCCAGGAGGAAGAACAAGAGCGUGUGUUGUGCAUACACAUAUAUAAGAGUUUAUUUUCUCUUCCUUUUUGGCGGUGGAUUUGGCCGAGCCUCCAUAAACUUUCCUGGCACCGCGAAUGCGAGAAUACAACGAGGAAUGUCAAUGGAUCUCUUGGAGCUGCUGAGCCCCCAUAGCUAGACUCUAGCUAGCUUCCUCCUCCAUAGCUCUCGCAGUAAAGAAGGAGAACUUUAGAAUCCAUAUCCAUAUCCAGGAACUCAGGAAGAACAACAAAGAUGGAACCUCGAAGAAGAAGGGGUCUCGAGACGUUUUAAUCUCGCGGGAGCCGCCGUGAGAGAGCGUUGAGCCCGUGAAAGGGAGAGACGGGGAGAGAAAGAAGAGCUCACAACUUCGUAGCCUUUCCUUCUCUCUCUUUCUCUCAAGGAAGACGUGAUUCACUCCUUCCUCGCUUACCAAAAUCAUACUUUUCCACGGCGACCAUCUCUCUCUCUCUCGCUCAAUCUCUUUGAGACAUGGGAGAGGUUGAAGCUGCAGUGACCAAGAACUCCAAAAAUUCUUCUCACUGCUACUUCGAGCAGGCUCCUCCCAGUGACAGGAAUGGCGACUAUCUUCACUAGCGAUGCUCACAAGAACCCCGGAGCUUGGACAGGAGGAUUUGACAACAACACGAACAACUAUCUUCCAGGCAUGGUGAUGAUGCCUGUGCCGCUGCUUCAUCCACACAAGAACACUUCGGGGCUGUGCCUUGGGCUCCCAAGCGGGCUGGAGGGGUCUGGAAGUGGUGCUGGAGGUGGAAGCAAGCUUCCGGAGGAUGAGAACAAAUCCGGUGGUGGCGGCGGCGGCGGCGGUGGCGGCGGUGUUGGUGGUAGUGGCAGUGGUGGCGGUGGUGGUGGUGAGCCCGGAAUGGAGGGAGCUUCUAGUGAAGAUCAGGAACCGAGUGAUCAGCCACCUCGCAAGCGGAGAUUUCACCGACACACGCUCCGCCAGAUACAAGAGAUGGAAAUGGUCUUCAAAGAAUGUCCUCACCCGGACGAGAAGCAACGAAUGCAGCUCAGCCGAGAGCUGGGGCUGGAGCCCCGGCAAGUGAAGUUUUGGUUCCAAAAUCGUCGCACACAGAUGAAGGCACAUCAAGAACGAGCGGAAAACUCCAUGCUCAGGGCCGAGAACGAACGCCUCCGCUCCGAAAACAUUGCGAUGCGAGAGGCUCUCAAGAACGCAACUUGUCCGCACUGUGGCGGCCCCGCGACGUUGGGAGAGAUGUCCUACGACGAGCAGCAGCUGCGAAUCGAAAACGCUCAUCUCAAAGACGAACUCGAUCGAGUAUCGUCUCUAGCAGCCAAGUACCUCUCCAAACCCGGUGGCGGAGCUCCUCACGGACUUAGCGUCCAGACGAGCUUACCGGGGACGUCGCUGGAUCCCAGCGCUGCGGCGUUUGGACCACCGUCGAGCAGCGCUCUAGCAGUUACUCCGGGACCAUCGAUGCUGGAGCUUGCCACUCGUCCGGGGGGACUUUCACAGGUGGAGAAGCCGCUCGUCGCGGAGCUCGCGAUCAUUGCAAUGGAGGAGCUGCUGGCACUGGCUCAAUCGAGAGAGCCACUGUGGAUCCUGGAAGAGAAUGGAGCUAAGGAAAGCUUGAAUGGCGAGGAAUAUAUGCAGCAGUUUUCCAGAGGAUUGGGACCAACUCCUGUAGGACUCAAGUCCGAAGUUACUCGCGACACUGGUCUCGUGAUGAUGAAUGGAGCUGCCUUGGUUGACACUAUCAUGGACGCGGGAAGAUGGAUGGAUAUGUUCUCAUGUAUUAUUUCUAGAGCUUUGACCUCCGAAGUUCUCUCCACUGGCGUGGGUGGUAAUUGGAACAAUGCAUUACAACUUAUGUAUGCCGAGUUUCAAGUGUUAUCACCGCUGGUGCCGACGAGAGAGGCUUACUUUUUGCGCUACUGCAAGCAACACGCGGAAGGAGUGUGGGCGAUAGUCGAUGUUUCGGUGGACGGUCUGCGAGAAAAUCCACCUCCACAGCUCCGGAACAGGCUUCGUCCCUCGGGGUUUUUGAUCCAAGACAUGCCAAAUGGAUACAGCAAAGUGACCAUUCUUCAGCAUAUGGAGUACGAUGAUCGCCAAGUAAACAACAUGUACCGCGGACUCGUGAGCAGCGGUCUAGCAUUCGGUGCCAAGCGAUGGCUCGCAACCUUGCAACGCCAGUGCGAACGUUUGGCAGUUCUUUUGGCCACCAACAUCUCCCCUCGAGAUCUAGGCGUGAUUUCCAACGCUACCGGACGUCGCAGCAUGCUCAAGCUGGCGCAGCGAAUGACCAAUAACUUCUGCGCGGGUGUGAGCGCAUCGACGGUGCACACCUGGACGACUCUCUCGGGCAGCGGCGAGGAUGACGUGCGAGUCAUGACGCGUAAGAGCAUUGACAAUCCUGGGGAGCCGCCAGGAAUCGUUCUAAGCGCCGCUACUUCCCUCUGGAUGCCUGUGAGCCCCCAGAGAGUUUUUGAGUUCCUCCGGGAUGAUCGUCUCAGGAGCGAAUGGGACAUUCUUUCGAACGGUGGCUCCGUCCAAGAGAUGGCUCACAUCGCAAAGGGUCAUGAUCCAGGCAACGUUAUCUCGCUCCUCCGUGUGAACGCUCUAAACACCUCCCAGAGCAACAUGUUGAUCCUCCAAGAGAGCAGCACCGACGAGUCCGGCUCUCUCAUCGUCUACGCUCCGGUAGACAUACCAGCCAUGAACUUAGUGAUGCAAGGCGGCGAUCCAGCCUACGUUGCUCUACUUCCUUCCGGAUUUGCCAUACUCCCGGAGGGCCCUCGAUCGAUCGGCACCACCCCAGAGACGAGCAGCCGAGCAAGCAGCGGCGAGCCGGGGUGCUUGCUCACGGUAGCUUUCCAGAUUCUCGUCAGCAACGUUCCAACCGCGAAGCUCAACUUGGAGUCCGUGACAACGGUGAACAGUCUCAUCUCGUGCACUGUCCAGCGGAUCAAGACGGCUCUCAGCUGCGAGACUUAAAGAAACAUCGGAUUUUACGCAGGAAAGUCGGAAUAAGGUGGGGUUUGUUCGGGAAAGAUGGCAGAAGGAACAGGAUCGUCGACAGGAAAAAACUGGCAAAAAUGGUGGGAUUUAGCAGGGGUUUUAGAGGGACAAACAAAUGAAGAACAGCAACCAAGAACACAAAAGGGGGAUGGAGUCAAGAACGCACCACAGACCAGAUUUUAGAAUCCUUGCCUCGUGGUAAAGCAUUGGAGACGAAGAAGACAUCAACGACGACGAAAAGACGUGGUUUGCUAAUUUUUAUUCGAGAGGAGAGUGAGAGAAGAGGUUUUUUUUUUUUGGAUUCCUUCUUCUUCUUCCUUCUUCAUGCAUACUUUCUAGCGCAGCGGAUGGAUUGAGAGGCCUUUUUCUGGUUCUUCCUCCUCGAUUCUUCCUUGCGCUAGAAGCUGUGCAUGGUGCUUCACCACUCGGCAAGGAGCGUGGUUCGGGUAUUGACUUUGUUUACCAACUUGGUCCUGUUCUUCAUUUUUCUGUGUUCUAGUAGUCUUUUUUUCUUCCAUUUUUCAUCUUCAAUCCUGUUGUAACUUGGUACAUUUUAAUCUGAUUUCAUUUUGAUCCAAAGUU